AUGAAUCCUUCUUCGCAGCACAUUGUGCGCACCCACUUCAUUGAACCCGCACCCCUCUUCUCUUUCACUGACCUUGAGUCUCGGCGCACCUAUGCUCAGCAGAUCGAGACAUACAUUCAAACACUGUUCGAUGACUUCCGUCCACGUACUGAACACCUCGCCGCUAUUCUGCUCGUCAACAUUCGAAACCUUGCGCCAAAUGGUAACCUGGCUCCCAUUAAGUGGGGGUUUGACAACCACCGCACUUUGAAGGGCACACUGAACUGCAUUGACGCGUUCACUAAGCACUGUAAGAACACAAUCCCAGUAUCUUGGACUGUGCCUGACUAG